UUUGGGUUUCGCUGAAGUUGAACAGAAUGAGCUCCAGCUACUUCUCACUGCUCAUCUUCUGCUGCUUGUCCCUCACAGCCGGACAACUGGAGCAAGGUCCCAUGAUUCUGCCCUCUGAGGAUCCACAGGUUCUUCAAAAGGGAGUUUCGCUGAUCCUUACUUGCAUAGGGCAAAGCAGUUUGCAGUGGACGCUUGGGAAUGCACAACGAUCUAUCUCAUCGAAGGGGGUGAAGGUAGAGCCGUGUGAAUCCAGACUUCCCAAUCACUGCGUCAGACUCACAGUCAAACACUUGACUGCCAAUGACACGGGGAGGUACUUCUGCAAAUUCUCCGAAACUGGUUCAAACAACAACUCGUCUGUUUAUGUCUAUGUCAAAGAUCCCGAGCAACCUUUUGUUAAGCCCCAUGAAGCUAACCCUGAUAUUCUGAGCAUCUACAGGCACGAGACCAGCCUGGUGGUGCCGUGCCGAACAUCCUCACCUGAUGUUGUUGUGACGCUGACCAAAAUGCAGAACUCUGCUUUGUCAGAGGAGGCUGUAAAAGAUCAGGCAUGGGAUCCAGAGGUGGGUUUUGAGAUUCCUUAUGGUCCCACCAUAAAAUACAUGAUGCUCACUUGCCACGCCGUGGUCAACGGGCGCCACUUCCAUUCAAAAUACAUCCCUCAAAGACAAGCUUCGAAUUUGAAAAAUGUGAUGAUCACCCCAGACCGUGUCAAAGUGCUGGUUGGGGACACUCUCAUCCUGAACUGCAGUGGGGAGACUGACUCUAAUGGGAGAAUAAACUUUACAUGGGAUUUUCCGAGGCGGAAAGAAAAUCACCAUUACAAAGGCAGGGUUCAACUGAAACGUGAUAAGGUUAAUGUAAUGAGCAAGGAGCUGGUGUUGCCAAACGUUACCAUGGAAGACAGGGGAUGGUAUCACUGCAAAGCUGAAAUUAAUCCCAGCAAAAACGAGACUGCUUCAGCAAAAGUUGUAGUCAUUGAACAUCCUUUUCUCGACGUAUCCUAUAAACACGAUCGUUCCAGGACAGUGAUUGUUAAAGAUGGAAUUAAGAGAUUUGUGUUUGAGCCCAAGGUCAAAGCUCUGCCACAACCAGACACAACAACAUGGUAUAAAGACGGCGUCCUGAUUAUGAAGAACUCAACUUCUUACAAGAUGUUUGGUUAUAGUUUGGCCGUCAUUAAUGUGCAGCAGAAACACGCGGGCGUCUACACUAUAAGCCUGAGCAACAAGCUGAAGGGCCUGCACAGGAACCUGAGCUACACGCUUGUCAUUGACGUGAAGCCAACCAUUUCCGAGGCAGAGCUCUCCACCAUGGACUUGCAGCCCUACAUGUCCGGAAAGCAGCAGCGGCUGGUCUGCUCCUCUUACGGACAGCCGUUACCAAACAUCACUUGGUUCUGGCAGCCGUGCCGCUCAGACCCAACACUUAAAGAUUGUCGUACUUACACUGAACCCAUCCUGGUCAAAGCUGAUAACCAGGGAAACUAUUCCCACAACUGGAUUGAGGACAUAAUUGGAAAUUUUGAAUUGGUCAAAGGGAAAAACAAGACGGUGAGUACCCUGGUGAUCGGAGAGACUCGUGUGUCUGGGAGAUACUCGUGCAAGGCCCAGAACGAAAAUGGCUUGAGCACAAUGAUGAUCCCUUUCUACGUUCAUAACAACUCUGAGGAAGUCACAAUUGAACCUCGAGCAGCCAUAGAGGGGGAUGAUGUAACCCUGACCUGUCGAGCAACACGUUACCUCUACACAGACCUGCAGUGGUUGGACUCCAGGAAUCAAACCAUCACUGUCAAUGUGUCCAACCUCCAGAUCAGCCACUACUCCAUUUCCCUCUCGUUAUAUCUGCACAAUGUGUCCCGAAACAGCACUGCAGGUUACAAGUGCCAAGGGUACAAGCUCCUCCGGUGGAGGAAAAUCGAGACAGCCAAGCUCAUUUUGAAUGAGAAAAAGCGACCAUGGCUCAGCCAAAAUCUGACUAACCAAGACGUGAAUAGCAGCAGCACCCUGGUCAUGCCAUGCUACGCUUCAGGGGUCCCUCACCCCUUCAUCACGUGGUUCAAAAAUGGCAUAAAAGUGAAAGAGAGUCCAGGAGUCACUCUGGAGGCGGACGGGACUCUGACUAUUGAAAGGGUGAAGAAAGAUGAUGAGGGUCUGUACGAGUGUGUGGCCCAAAACGCUGAGGGAUUUGCAAAUACGAGCGCUGUCGUCACCGUGCUCGGAGACGACGGGAAGCCAAAUGUCGAGGUCAUCAUUCUGGUGUGCACUGGAGCUGCUGCCACUUUCCUCUGGAUCAUGCUUAUCAUGUUCAUUCGAAAGCUCAGGAGGCAACCAGCCCACUACAAGAUGGGUCCAUCUAUCAUCAUUGAUCCAGACGAGUAUCCUCUGGAGGAGCAGAACGACCUUCUUCAGUACGACAGCAGCAAAUGGGAGUUUCCCCGUGACCGCCUGCGACUUGGUAAAACUCUCGGCCACGGAGCUUUUGGAAAAGUGGUGGAGGCCUCCGCCUUCGGGAUUGACAAGCUCUCAACCUGCAAGACUGUUGCUGUCAAAAUGCUGAAAGGAGGUGCCACGUCAAACGAGCGAAAAGCCCUGAUGUCAGAGUUAAAGAUCCUGAUCCACAUCGGCAAUCACCUGAACGUGGUCAACCUGCUGGGAGCCUGCACCAAACCUGGAGGACCCUUAAUGAUGAUUGUGGAGUUCUGCAAAUAUGGCAACUUGUCCAACUACCUGAGAGGGAAGAGGGAUGACUUUCUGGUCUACAAGAUGCAGAGCCAGGACGGUAAGGUGGUGUCGGCCGGGUCGGGCUGCGAGCUGAGCGAGCUGAUGAAGCGCCGCCUGGAGAGCGUGGCUAGCACCGGAAGCUCGGCGAGCUCUGGCUUCAUCGAAGAUAAGAGCUACUGCGACUCAGAGGAAGAGGAAGAAGAAUCUGAAGAUUUAUACAAGAGAGUCCUGACUUUGGAGGAUUUAAUCUGCUACAGUUUUCAAGUGGCAAAAGGCAUGGAGUUCCUUGCUUCACGAAAGUGCAUUCAUCGAGAUCUGGCUGCGAGGAACAUCUUACUGUCUGAGAAUAACGUUGUGAAGAUCUGUGACUUUGGGCUCGCCAGAGACAUCUACAAAGACCCCGAUUAUGUUCGCAAAGGCGAUGCUAGACUGCCACUCAAGUGGAUGGCUCCCGAGGCCAUAUUUGACAAGAUCUACACAACUCAGAGUGACGUGUGGUCCUUUGGCGUUCUCAUGUGGGAGAUCUUCUCUCUGGGUGCCUCUCCAUAUCCCGGCGUCCAGCUUGAUGAAGAGUUUUGCUGCAAACUAAAAGAUGGCACCAGGAUGAGGGCGCCAGAUUACGCUCCAACGGAAAUAUAUCAGACCAUGCUGGACUGCUGGCAGGGUGAGCCACAGCAGCGGCCGACUUUCACUGAGCUGGUGGAGCGGCUCGGAGACCUGCUUCAGGCCAGCGUGCAACAGGAGGGCAAACACUACAUACCCAUCAACACAGCCCUGCUGGUGAAGGUGGGAGAGCCAAACGCAACCGCAGAUAUGAAGGAGACAAGCUCACGACCCGUUUCCCACCAUGACUCGGGGGGCAACUGGAACAUCAAGAUCCGUCCAGCUAGUGUUAAAACAUUUGACGAGAUCACCAUGGAGACCGGGACAAAUGAAAACCACGAGGGUCAGUCAGACAGCGGGAUGGGCCUUUCCUCUGACAACAUGAAGACGCUGAUGCGGUUCGAAUCAUUGGCAGGGCGACCUCUGAGCAUCAUAGCACUGGCGAUGAAGGCUGUGAGCAAGAGUAAGGAGUCCGUCCUGAACGAUGUGGAGAAGGAGAAGUUCUCGCCUGCAGUUCCUCCGUUAGACUUCAGUCUGGACGACUCGGCCCUGGACGACAGUCUGGAAUGUCACAGCCCUCCACCUGACUACAACUACGUGGUGCGCUACUCCACCCCUCCUGUGUGA